AUGGACAUCGCCGUCACCGAUUCUUGUCAUGUGACGUUUUCCAUUGGGAAGAAUUACUCCUGCGAAGUCCUAUGUGACGUUCUAGAGAUGGACAUAUGUCACUUAAUUUUGGGAAGGCCUUGGCAGUUUGAUGUGGGUGUUCAAUAUGAUGGCAGAGCAAAUGUCUAUUCCCUCAACUGGAAAGGAAAGAAGUUGCGGCUAUUACCGGGGCCGACCGAGACACAAUCUGGGAAUAAGGCUGCUAUCCACUUCGUCUCGGGUCACAAUUUAAUUCAAGAGUGGCGAGACCAGGCGCCCAUGUUCGCUUUACUCGUCACCGAACCGAACAAUCAAUUGCAGCAGCAUAAUGUCCCGGCAGAUAUUUCAAAAUUUUUGGAGAGCUAUCGAGAUGUGACGCCGGAUGUUUUGCCCUCCGAACUGCCCCCAUUGUGGAGUAUAUAG